UUACACCUUAGUAACAGUGUUACUCAAAUUAUAAGUAAAAAUGUAAACAAAUCUUAGGAAACGAUUUCCAGCGAUGGUGUGGUCCCCUGCUUUGUUCUUUCAACUUACUGCUGUCCAUCGCCCAUGCUCCACUACUGGCAUUUGGAUAAAAUUAUGGUUACCGCAUCUCGGCUGCAAAAAAUCUGAAAAAGUACGAAACUACUUUUAGGAUUUUUGCAGCCUAAAUAUGGACACUCCAGCUAUUAUAUGACCAUGCUUGCUAUUUAAAGGUCAACGUUUGUGGGCCGACAGAAAGGUUCGGUGACAUUAUCACCUGCUAUUACUACAACCGACCAGCCAUGAAUACUGAGUGCUACUCGUUCUGCUCCCCCCGCAGGAAGCUCGGGCUACUCGGGCAGCAGAUGUGACGCUUUCAGUUUUUAAUCUAUGAAUUAUCAGAUAUCGAGCUACUGUAUAAUAUCAUGAUGCUCCUUGGGGCUUAGAGCGAUGGCCGAGAGCCUUCCAGUCUUCCGAGACGAUCCACCUUCGGAGCCAACGGGAGUGGGGACCAGAAGCUGCAGCGCCUCCCCAAGCGGAAGAAGGCCGAGCUCUUCCCCCAGAUCACCGAAGGUAUCCCACAGCCCGGCCCUCCUCAGGUUUCCUUCCAGGGGAAAGCCCUGGAAGGAGAUAGCCGAGGAACCGCCCCGGAAGCAGCUGGGCUACUCCCGCCGCCCUUUGUUGGGGGCCACAGAGACCAGACCUCAAAAACAAUUCAGAGGCGUCUUCGCACUCAGGACCUUCCGGCCAUUUGAACGAGCGCUCUCGCUGGUUUUAGCCUCCCCAAGAUUGCCGCGACCGUCGCCUUGAGGGCCGGAGCGCGAAGGCGGCGCUUGAGUCACCCUGACGCUAAUGAUUGACAGCUAGGCCCGCCUUUGCGCGAGGAGGAGGAGGAGGAGUGGGGGAGGGAGCGGCUCGCGCUGGCCGGUGCCGCUGUAGCCUCGUUAGGGCUGGAUGGAUCUGUUCGGGGACCUUCCGGAGCCAACUCCUCCGGCAGUAGCAGCAGUAGAGAAAGAGGGACAGAAAGGAUCUCUGCUUUUUGAUGAUCUUCCUCCAAUCAGCAACAGUGAUUUGGGAGCAGGAGGCUCUUUGCUAUUUGAUGACCUCCCACCUGCCAGCAGUGGCAACUCAGCUUCUCAUCCCACUGAGCAAGUUUCUCUUCCUGUGAGCUAUGGGAAGGGAGAGAAGAGGAAGUCCAUUGAAGGAGAGAAGAAUGGGAGUGAAGAACUUGUGGAAAAGAAAGUUUGUAAAGAUUCUGCAGGUAUUCUUGGUUUGAAAGGUUACGUAGCAGAGAGGAAAGGUGAGCGAGAAGAGAUGCAAGAUGCCCAUGUUAUUUUGAAUGAUAUCACAGAAGAGUGCAGUCCAUUGUGCUCUCAAAUAAUUCGUGUCUCAUAUUUUGCUGUUUUCGAUGGCCAUGGAGGAGUUAGAGCUUCAACCUAUGCUGCACAGAAUCUGCAUCAAAACCUAAUCAGAAAAUUUCCUAAAGGAGAGGUACACAGUGUGGAGAAAGCAAUAAGGAGAUGCAUUUUGGAUACUUUUAAACACACAGAUGAGGAAUUUCUCAAACAGGCUUCCAGCCAGAAACCUGCUUGGAAAGACGGUUCCACGGCAACCUGUGUGCUGGUGAUUGAUAAUACUCUGUACAUUGCCAACCUUGGUGACAGUAGAGCAAUUCUUUGUCGUUACAAUGAAGAGACUCAGAAGCACACAGCUUUGAGUCUUAGCAAAGAACAUAACCCAACUCAGUAUGAUGAGCGGAUGAGGAUCCAAAAGGCUGGAGGCAAUGUCAGGGAAGGACGUGUUUUGGGUGUCCUGGAGGUCUCACGCUCCAUUGGGGAUGGACAAUACAAGCGAUUUGGAGUUAUCUCUGUGCCAGAUGUCAAACGCUGUCAACUUACACACAAUGACAGAUUUAUCCUAUUGGCCUGUGAUGGUCUCUUUAAAGUCUUUUCACCAGAAGAAGCUGUGAACUUCAUCAUGUGUUGUUUGGAGGACAAAGCUAUUCCCCCAAGAGAAGCCAAAUCUUCCGCUGAUACAAAGUAUGAAGCAGCCUGCAACAGGCUGGCCAACAAAGCAGUGCAGCGAGGAUCGGCAGAUAAUGUCACUGUGAUGGUGGUCCGGAUUGAACAGUAAUGGGACGAAUAUAUGCAAGGAAGAUCCAUAACAGCAUGCAGCAAAUUUAAUAGAACACAAUAGUGUGUUUGUGAAAUGUGCGCGUGUGUAGAAUUUUAUGGAUUUUCCCCCAGAUGCUUAUUUGUAAAUAAAAGGGUUUUUUUAUA